AUGGUGACUCAAAAUCUUCAGUGGAAGAAAAACAGGAAUCUUUACUCAAUGUUACUCUUAGAUCAAAUUUUAAACAGAAAGUUAGGUAAACCAUUUAUCAAGAUGCCUACAGAUGAAUCCUUGCCCAUGCUUGCUCCAGCAGAAGUGAAAGCUUAGCUAUCUGAAAAAUUUAAGAAGUUUUCAUCAAAACUUAAUUGUGAAAAUGCUUAGGAAAAGCUUUUGUAAGAAGAUGAAAUUAUUCCAAAAUAUGAAUACACUCCUCCAGUUAAUAAUCAAAAAUUUAAGAAUUAAACUACUAACACAAGUGUUAGAGUGGACAUACCUAGACCUUAAUCUUCAAUCGUUUAGACUUAGUAAAAAUAGCCAAUCCAAUAAAAGUCACAAUCAAUGUCAAUCUCAGCAUAACUUAGUCCUAAGAUAUAAUAAAAUGUGAGCUAGCUAAAAUGUCAAGAUUCAUCAACUUCAUUAAUACAAAUAGAUCAGCCUCAUGCUUAAAAUCUAAAUACAAUUAAAUCCAUUUUAAAGCAUACAGCCUAGCAAGAAAAUAAAAAGAAAGCCCAUAAAUUUGUAAUGUCUCCUAAAACUCAGAGACCUCAAUCAAAAAAUUUAAGAUUCCAAGCAUAGAAUAAUAUAGAGGACUCUGUUGAUUUUGAUAGAUAAAUGGCAUCUGAUAUGGGUACCUUCAAGAUAAGAUUUGAUGACGAUGCUUAAAAAGAUGAUCUUUCUAAUUAUAAUAAUUAUCAGGCAAGAAUUGAUACUACAGGUGGCGAGAUAGCUCACAUGCCAAACAAUGAGUUGCAAAGUUAAGUUAUAAAGCUUAAGACAGACAAUGAAAUUCUGAAUAUUACAAUGAAACACUUGAAAUAGGAAAUGAAUAUGAAGAGUGAAGUUAUAAGAAAGCAAACUUAAGAAAUGCAAGAAUUAAGGCAGAUGAUUCUAGAUUUAUAGGCUGAAAACUAAAGACUUAAAAACUAAGAAUAGAUAUCAAAGCUUACUUCUAACUCUGCUAACAACAAAGAAAACCAUUAAAAUUACCAUAGCUAAAGAAUGCUAUCUCCUACCAAAAUUAUCUAAUCUUCUGCUGAUUUAAACAAUAGAUAAAUAAGUGAAGAAGUUGAUAAGUUCAAUCCAUUCAGAUCCAGGACCUUUGCCUAUCAAAAUGAUGUUGCCUAGAUUUACAACUUGAGACAAGACUUAUCAAAGAAGGGUCUCUUCCAAAAUGAAUACACAUAAAAACCAAACACUUAGGAUCACUUCAAAUAAAAUUCAUAGCCACUUUAUAAUAAGACUGAGAUCAGCAAUGCUAAAAUCAGUAAACCUUAUAAAUACAAAAAAGAUUACAAGAGAGUAAAGAAAAUGGUCGAAAGUGAUUCAGAGUCUAACACAGAUGAUGAUAGUUAAAUUAAGAAAAUAAUUCACACCAACGAGAGACAACUGCAAAGCUUUGAUGAUGAAUUUAAUAAAAUAUUUAACAACUUUAACUCAAACUUUUACAAAAGCAAGCAAGAGUAGAUAGCUUAGAAUUUAGGGUUGGAGGGAGAAUUGGCUUCCUAAACUAAAGCCAAACGUGAUGGUACAAUCCUAAGAUCCAAGAAAUAGAUUGUUGAAGACUAUGACUCACACUCAAUCUUACUUGGCAUUCCAUUCACUAUGAUCUAUCAUAUUUUCAAUAAUCAACCAUAAGUUUGGAAUUACGGUCUGAAGACUGCUCCCUAUAGAAAAUUCGCUAUAUAAUACUUGAAGACUAUUGGUAAUUAAUAUCUUUUGAAUCUUAUUUUUAGCGAUCGAAGAUCACCCAUAUAUGAUACAAGAAGAAAUUCGUUUGAGCUUAGACAAAUCAUCAAAGAGACAAACUAAAAUCAUUCAAAGACGCUUGAUGGUAAAGCUCAUAAGACCUUAACAGAGGAAGAGAUUCUAAAUGAAAAGAAAGGGGGAAACAUACUUUGA